UGUUUGUGUAUCGUGGGAACUCCACCUUCAGAGUUAAUAUAUCCAAUAUAUCUGGCCAUGAGAAUCCUUCUUCUCUGAACCACCUCCCAAGAUCUUCGGAGCCAUUCCUCCUCCGCACACUUCUUGUGAUCAUCGUAUGCUAAUGAAAGAACAAGUGGUGCCUGAUCCCUCUGGACAUGUUGACGCCUCAACCGUCGUUGGCUAUACGUUGUCAAGUGGGUGUUGUCUAACCAAAGCACAGGAGGAGAAAGUACUUGAACUAGCUCACAGAAUGAGGUCUGGAAUUCCUCUACAUGUGGCAACCAUGGCCAAAAGAAAUGUUAAAUUGAAGGACAGUUGUAUUUACAUCCCCUUGAGACUUGUCGACCAUUUCGAACCUGACAUUACACUCAAAGACCACGAGGAAAAGAUACAUGGUGUUCGAGCAAGGAAGCACGAUGCUGACCAGAUAGUCUUAGAAUCUGGGUGGGGUGAAUUUGUGUCUAAACAGCGCAUACAAGAGAAUGACCUCAUCGUUUUCAAAAAGGGGAAACCUCACAUUGAAGUUUUCAUCCUUGAGAAAACCUCAUCAUCUUUUUUCACGGGAAAUUGUUCCUAUGCCCAAGAAGUCAUUGAAUUGAGCUGUGCUGAUGACGAUGACAUCGUGGUAGAAGGCACGAGAAAAUCCAGGCGGCUAUCAGGAUGUUGUGUGAAGGCUAAGAAGAUGGCUUCAGUAUCCCCCCCCCCCCCCCCCCCCCCCCCCUUGCGCUAG